UCCUGACGGAGCGCUUCAUAGCGACACACUGCGAUGGAGUGACAACGCGCACUGGAGUCUCACAUGCUUUCAGUUGCGCUCAGACAACAAACCGGCACGUCAGUGCGUCUCAACACCUUCUCUACCUGUAGUCUGGCGAGCUGACUGGAAAAUUCUGUCGGCUGAAACAACCAACAGUGCGUCUUUCCCCUUAUCAUCCGUAUUAUAUUCUUGUAAGGUUUGCAUUUCAAGAUUAUAGUCUGUCUUAGAUUUUAGUUUUCAUUUCGACACCUGUAUGACUGGAGCACAGAAUGACUACGACGAUGGACUCGAACAACAACACUGGAGGAGUAAUCUCUUACAUCGGAUCAUGUGGAGGUUCUCCUAACCGCACCAGCCCAGUAUCUAUGUAUAGCGAGAAUUCCAACAGCAGUAUGCAAUCACUGACUCAGCCAUGCUUUGGGUCAUCUUUCCCACCUUCACCUAAUGGUUCCCAUGAUUCUUCACGCAUGUACACUAGCAGCAGUAGCUCCAGCAGUAGCUCCAGCAGUUCAGCAUAUGGUGAAGAUGGGAACUCAUCAAGUUCAGGAGGAUCCCCAAGGGGGGUUGAUGAAAGCAAUGUCACAUACAACUCACCAAACAAACCAGUUGCUACUCUUACAAAGCUAAAUGGAAUGGUGCUACUCUGCAAAGUCUGUGGAGAUGUGGCAUCAGGCUUUCAUUAUGGUGUCCAUGCUUGUGAAGGCUGUAAGGGGUUCUUCCGUCGGAGCAUCCAGCAGAACAUUCAGUACAAAAAGUGCCUGAAGAACGAAACCUGUACUAUUAUGAGGAUUAACCGCAAUCGGUGUCAGCAGUGCCGAUUCAAGAAGUGUUUGUCUGUUGGCAUGUCUCGUGAUGCUGUCCGUUUUGGUCGCAUCCCGAAACGUGAAAAACAGCGCAUGCUAGCUGAGAUGCAAAGCGCCAUGAAUAACAUGGUGAACAAUCAGCUGCAGAAUGAAUUCCAACUGGCUUCUCUCAAAACCAGCACCUCAUUCUCUUCAUCUUCAUCCUCAUCGUCCUCAUCUCCCUGCCCAGGUCUGACAGUGACUUCUCAACCCCAGCCUUCUGCUGUGCCUGUAGCUCCUUCCCCUUCUCCACCAGCUCCAGCAUCGCCUUCUGCUCAAACUGCUCAGAGCCCUCCUCGGGUUGCCACCUCCCCACCACUGUGCCCUAGUCCUGGCCUGGAUAGCACCAUCACCGCCAUUACCAGAGCACAUCGUGAGACCUUUGUCUAUGCUCACGAUAAGCUAAGUGCAUCACUUCAGCCCCAAAAUAGGGUUGAUCUGGAUAGCCACAACCGUAAUUGCUUUGCUUCUGGCGGCUACAAUAUGAAUAGCCACAAUUCCAUAUAUCAAUCUAAUGCAGCUCUACAGUGCAAUGGCUUCAAGCCUGAUAACAAACAACACUUUCAGUUCUCACCAGUCUCCAACCAGCAGGAUCAGAAGCUGCCACAACAAAACAAUUUGCAACAAAUCCCCAACAGCUGCUGGUAUGGGGCUCAGCAGGGUAAAGGGAACAGCAACAAUAUCCUGGUGCAAAACUGCCCAUGGAAGAACCGCAAGGACAUUCUGUUGGCUUGUCCAAUGAACAUGCAUCCUCAGGCAGAUCCUAACAAGACACCACAAGAGAUUUGGGAAGAUUUCUCCCUGAGCUUCACACCAGCUGUGCGUGAGGUGGUGGAGUUUGCCAAGCAUAUCCCAGGUUUCAGCGCUCUAUCCCAAAAUGAUCAGAUCACCUUGCUGAAAGCAGGCACCUUUGAGGUGCUGAUGGUACGUUUUGCAUCCUUGUUUAAUGUCAAGGAGAAGACUGUCACAUUUAUUUCUGGCACUACCUACAGCCUGGAAGCUUUGAAGAGCAUGGGAAUGGGAGCUCUGUUGGGCACCAUGUUUGACUUCAGUGAGAAACUCAGUGCACUUGAGCUGUCUGCACAGGAGCUGGGUCUUUUUACUGCUGUAGUGCUGGUUUCUACAGAUCGCUCUGGUAUAGAAAAUGUAAAGUCGGUGGAGAUGCUCCAGGACAGCCUGAUUAAAGCCCUUCGUGCAUUGGUCAGCAAGAGCACCCCUGGUGAUGUCUCUCGUUUCACCAAGCUGCUGCUCAAACUGCCAGAUCUGCGCACACUUAACAACAUGCACUCUGAGAAGCUUCUCUCCUUCCGCAUUGAUGCAUAAGAAGGCUUUGGCAGCUGUUACUACAAGCCAGCUGAGUCUAUAGGAGUGGGUACUGGAGGGUAUAAUUGAAGGCUUUACAAAUUUACCAUUGCUGUUCCACCAGCAUAUACUUGGCUCUGAUGGUGCUCAAAGACUUGAACGAUGAUUACAGAUUUGAAGGGACACACAAGCACUAAGUGCAUUGGAACGGUGACAUGACUAAUUUUUUUUUUAAGUUUCUCUGCAUUACAUUACAGGCACUUAGCAGACACUCUUAUCCAGAGCGAUGUACAAUGAGCACACACAUAUACCCAGCCUGGAGAGCAGUUGGGGGUUAGCUGCCUUGCUCAAGGGCACUUCAGCCAUGGAUUUUUCCUGCCGGUCCAGGGAAUCGAGCCACCUUUUGGGCCCAAAGCUACUUCUCUAACCUUUAGGCCAUGGUUGCCCUGGUCAAAGUGUAUAAUAUGUGCAAAUAAUUUAUAAUUCAGGUACUGUAACCAAUGACCUUGAUGUUUUUAAUUCUUAAACUGAAGGACAUGGACUCAAAGGCCCAAUUUACACCUUGCAUUAACAUGAAAUCGACUGGUAGUAUUGCCACAUCACAGCUCCAGUGUCCCUGGUUCAAUUCAGAGCUCAAUUUACUGUCUGUGUGGAGUUUUGCAUAUUCUUCCAAUGUCCAUAUGGGUUUUCUCUGGGUUCGUGGGUUUCCUCCGACCUCCUAAAAACAUGCCGGUAGGUUAUUUGAUUCUUCCAAAUUUCACCUAGGUGUGAAUGUGUGUACACAUGGUGCCCUGAGAUGGACUGGAGUCCUAUCCAGGGUGUAUUCCUGACUCAUGCCCAGCAUUCCCAGGAUGAGCUCCCGAUCCACUGUAACCAUGACAAGGAUAAAGCAGUUAUUGGAGAUGAAGGAAUUAACAUGCAAUCUGUAUUCAGUCUGACUCUCGCAUUUAUCCCUGAUGUUUAUAUACAUACAGGAGGAAGGGUUAGAUGAUUAGAUUGUACAGUCCCUACUUACACCCAGGUUCUUUUUUUCUAUUUUAAUAAUAUGAUGCAUCAUGUUACUUCUCUUCCCAAUACCAACCUGAUGCAAAUACACUGUAUAGACUGUUUACACCUACCUAACAUCUGAUAAUGGUGAGAGCCAGACACUGGAUCCCUGGAGGUAACAUGACUGAUCCUCAUUAAUGCAAGGGAUAAAUGGAGCCAAAGCUUCAAACAAUCUUGGACCUCCAGUCUAUUGGAGUCCAGUCUGUGGGAAUCAUAAGAGAGCUGGGAUGAAGGAGGAUAGAACAGUCUGAAGUUGGUUCCUUAAAUAGGCUACAAUACACAUCACAUCCCACUUUAAAAAAAAAAAUGGACCAGAUCAGGAAUGCAAAUGAAAAACAAUUCAUGUGAGGGAUUGCAUACCACCUCUGUUAAGUCUCUGCCAUUUUGUAAAAAUGUGUACAUAUGAAUCUGUAUUUACUUGAAAUGUUCUAAAAUGUAUAUAUUCUAUGCAUAAAUAUAUUUUUUGUACAGUGUAAUGAAAAGUUAUGAUAU